GGAAGUUAUACUAAUAUAUAUGAUGAAUAUUUCAAGUACAAUUUAUUUAUACAAAUUGGAUAUAACUAGUAGCGCCUUUUGCCAGAUAAACUUUCAAGAGAUUCCCAAGUUUUACUUCUAUCUAAUGUUCUAAAGUUAUAAGAGGAAAGCUGGCAUAUUCUAGCCCCGCAUCCGCAUUAUACUAAUAAUACUUUCCCUUAAGGUUCUCUUAUAUAUAAGUACUAUACGAGUUCAAGAUCCGCUUGCACCAUGAAUUAGGUACUCGCCCAAGUUGACUCAAUUAAACGUAUAUUAAAACAAAAUUAAAUAUCACCUCUAAUUCGAGUUAAACUUAUAUACUAAUCGAACCUCUCGAUCGAGGGUUCGACCCACGGCAAUCAUGGCUAAUGCUAGACUAAAGGUUGCAUUACUCAUUGUCUCGACAACAGCAGCUAAGGAUCCUUCAACUGAUGCUUCUGAAGCGGCUCUAAGUAGUGUACUUGAAGAAGAAGGAGAUGGGAGAUGGGAACUUGUCGAUACUAAAAUUGUUCCCGACGUUGUUACUCAGAUUCAACAACAACUUAAGUUAUGGACGGAUGCCGAAUCAGAUUAUAUUAACCUCGUACUUACCACUGGGGGUACCGGUUUUGCCGUGGCAGAUAAUACGCCAGAGGCUGUUUCGGCUUUGAUUGUUAAACCCGCGCCUGGUCUUGUCCAUGGCAUGUUGGCGGCUUCUCUAAACGUCACUCCUUUUGCUAUGAUGUCUCGUCCGGUUGCAGGUAUUAGGAACAAAUCAAUCAUCAUAACUCUUCCGGGAUCCCCAAAAGGAGCUCGAGAAAACUUACAGGCAGUUCUAAAGACACUACCGCACGCGUGCCUCCAGGCUGCUGGUAUGGAUUCCAGGUCGUUACACGCAGGUGGUAUAAAGAAGCUUGAGGCGGAGGCCGGCAUAAAGUCUAGUGGUGGCCAUUCACACUCCCAUGAUCAUCAUCACCAUGAUCACGGAAGUAGUCAUCCGCCUGGCCAUACCCAUAGUCAUGGACACGGACAUAGCCACGGCCAUGGUCAUCUGGUUCGACAUACGGCACCCAAUUCAAACCCAAUGUCCAAUGACCCAAGCUUAGGUCCUAGCCGAAGGAACAGAGAAUCUCCGUACCCGAUGCUUUCAGUCGACGACGCCCUGGGUAAGAUCAAAGAACACACGCCACAGCCGGAAGUUGUCACGUUAAAGGUCGAUACCUCACUGCCUGGUCACGUACUGGCCGAGGAUGUACGAGCGAGGGAAAACGUGCCUGCUUUCAGAGCGAGCAUUGUCGACGGCUAUGCAGUUGUUGUGCCUAGCGACGGAAAUUUAAAGGGGGUCUUCCCUGUCGUCUCAGUAUCACAUGCCUCUCCAGGAGAAGUCAAACCCUUAAAGGAAGGCGAAAUUGCUAGGAUCACUACUGGCGCACCGCUCCCUCCAGGCGCCACGUCCGUUAUUAUGGUGGAGGACACAAUUCUAAAAACCAUGACUGACGAUGGCAAAGAAGAGAAGGAGGUGGAGAUCCUUGCUGAUAACGUAAAGGAAGGAGAGAACAUUCGAGAAGUUGGCAGCGAUAUCAAGACAGGAACGGUUAUCCUCAACAAGGGCGAACAAAUAUCAGCGGUCGGUGGCGAAAUAGGUCUACUCGCCGCCGUUGGCGUUGCUGAGGUCAAGGCUUACCGUAAGCCAGUCAUAGGGGUAUUAUCUACUGGAGAUGAAAUUGUCCAGCACGACCGGCCUGGCGAUUUACGACUAGGAGAAGUGCGCGAUACCAACCGGAUCACUUUGAUGACAGCUGCAAAGGAGUGCGGGUACGAAGUCGUCGAUCUAGGGAUCGCAGCAGAUAAACCCGGUACCUUGGAAGAAACGCUGAGAGACGCAUUACGGCGUGUCGAUUUUAUCAUCACUACAGGAGGUGUUUCAAUGGGCGAGCUAGACCUGCUGAAGCCAACGAUCGAAAGGUCGCUGGGCGGUACAAUCCAUUUCGGCCGGGUCGCGAUGAAACCAGGCAAGCCGACGACAUUUGCUACUGUUCCCGUAAAGGACAACGGCGGCCGGCGAGUCACGAAGGUGAUGUUCUCUCUACCCGGCAACCCGGCGUCCGCGAUCGUCACCUUCCACCUCUUCGUCCUGCCUUCUCUGCACCAGCUAUCGGGCGUCUCGCCAGCCGGCCUGACCCGGGUCCCCGUCACGCUCACGCACGACUUCGCGCCGGACAGGACGCGGCCCGAGUACCACCGCGCGAUCGUGUCGGCCGGCGGCGACGGGGAGCUGCUGGCCGCGAGCACGGGCGGCCAGCGGAGCUCCAGGGUCGGCAGCCUCAGGGGCGCCAAUUGCUUGCUGUGCGUGCCGAGCGGCGAGGAGCCGUUGAAGAAGGGAUCCAAGGUCGAUGCGCUGCUGAUGGGCGGGAUUCGGAGCGGACGCUAGGUUCUGCCUGUCUGUCACGUAUAUAUACUAUAUACAGUACGGGUUGUGCCAUGUUGAAGGAGAACUUCAAGGCUUGAUGCGGAUGAGAAAGCACGGCUUUUUCUAAGAUCAUACAUAUAUUAUAUUUAUACGAGACAUACAGAUCCUUGAUGUUCCAUUGGUAUGUAUAAUAUGCUAAAGAAAUUCAAAUUCGCAAAUGUACAUUUUAAUA